AUGAAUUCCGUCGAUGCUUCCGAGCAUUAUGAGCUGGGAGCUACCGGACAGUAUGAAGACCUCUCCCCGUCCCUCCUGGCUAUUGUCAUCGACACAAACCCACAUGCCUGGGCCCUCCUCGAGGACUCCCUCCCACUCUCCAAAGCAAUAGCGAACAUCCUAGUCUUCAUCAACGCCCACCUAGCCUGCAACUACGCCAAUGAGGUGGCAGUGGUCGCAUCACACAGCCAAAAAGCAGCAUGGCUCUAUCCAUCCCAUAGCGGUCCCACCAACACCGCCGAUAACGACGGCGAUAUCGCAAUGAAUGGUGCAAGCGACACCUCAGCGCCCCAAACAAACAAAUAUCGACCCUUCCGCGUCGUCGAGGAACAAGUGACCCACAACAUCAAAGAACUCAUGGACUCAACCACCGGUGAUGAUUUACGCGGUAACACAUCGACCAUGCUCGCCGGCGCAUUGACAUUGGCUCUGAGCCACAUCAACCGGCGCACACUCGCCUGGGCGGAAGAACAUGGCGGCGCAAACGCCGAUGACGCAGCGGCCGAAGGUACUAGCGGAGGCGUGUCCGCACCCCCAGGCCGGUACUCCGCCUCGAACGAGGACGAGCGGUUGCAGAGCCGUAUCUUGGUCGUUUCUGUGAGCGGGUCUAGUGACUCGGCGCACCAAUAUAUCCCCGUCAUGAAUAGCAUAUUUGCCUGCCAGCGCUUGCAUAUUCCCAUCGACGUGUGCAAACUCAGUGGUGAUGCGGUCUUCCUGCAGCAAGCGUCCGAUGCAACCAAGGGCGUGUACAUGGCACUUUCCGAGCCGCGUGGCCUGCUGCAAUACCUGAUGAUGGCAUUUUUGCCGGAUCAACGCUCGCGGCGUCAUUUGGUUCUUCCAACUCGCGUCGAUGUGGAUUUCCGAGCUGCUUGCUUCUGCCAUCGCCGGGUUGUCGAUAUUGGCUUCGUGUGCUCUAUUUGUCUCAGCAUCUUUUGCGAACCACCCCCUGGUAAUGACUGCAUGACUUGCGGCACUCAUUUGGAUAUCGGGGAUAACGCUAAGCCUGCUCUUCUGCCAAGGAAGAAGAAAAAGAAGAAGCGUGUCAAUGGUGCGUCGGGGGCUGGAACGCCCAUGUCAACGCCUACGCCGGGUCCUUGA